AUGUCUUCCCCAGCGCCGUUGUUACGCCCUCCGAUUCCUGGCAGCCGCCAGAGCGGUGGUGCCAGAACACCCAGAUUAGGACUCGCCAUUCCACCUUCACCAAGCGCCAAGCCUGUCAAUGGCGGCCCCACACCAGCAGGGCUCACGCUACAAAUGCCUGGGGCGAUGGCAUCAAGGCCAUCUCUGCCCAGAUUGCAAGUAGCCACGCCGAUGGGCAGCAGUCAGACCCCGUACGAGCAACAAUCACAAGCUUUAUUAAAUGGGCGUCCAAGUGCACAACCUGCGGCGGGUCAGUCGGCGAGCGGAGGAAGUGAGAGCAGUGCAGCACAUUCGAGGUCGGGAAGUUUUGGGCCUUUGGAUGGACGAGCAAGUGGACCUACAUCUGCUGGAUCGCAAUACUCGGCACUAUCAUUUGCUUCUCAACAGCAAGGAUUACGGCAGCCACCACAACAAGGAACCCCAGACCCGUCCUCUGCUGUUGGAUCAUUAUACUCUGAACGAAGUGAAGGUGGUGUGGGAAUGGAGCGAGAUGGUAGCAUGAAUGGACUGGAACAAGGCUUUGACAAACUGGCCCUAGAAAGAGGCAGAACUCUGGAUGUGGAAGAAUUGGAUGACGACGGAUGGGGAAUUGCAAGUAUGGAGAAGCGGAUCCAAGAAAUAAGCAGCCUAGGAGAGGGUGCUGGAGGUGCAGUAACAAAGUGCAUAUUGAAAGGGGGGAAGACGAUAUUCGCGCUCAAAAUAAUCACUACCAACCCCGACCCCGCCAUUAAAAAGCAGAUUCUCCGAGAAACCAAGUUCAACAAGUACUGCACCAGCGAGCAUAUCUGUCGAUACUAUGGCGCCUUCGAGGACCCCGCAACAGCCACCAUCUCCAUUGCUAUGGAAUUCUGCGAAGGCGGUUCCCUCGACAGCAUAUACCGCGAAGUGAAGAAGCUCGGUGGACGAACGGGUGAAAAGGUGCUAGGAAAGAUCGCCGAAGGGGUACUAAACGGCCUCACCUACCUCCACAGCAAGAAGAUCAUCCACCGUGACAUCAAACCCAGCAACAUCCUCCUCUGUCGCGAUGGGCAAGUCAAGCUGUGUGAUUUCGGCGUGAGCGGCGAGUUCGGAACCAAGGGAGAUGCAAAUACGUUCAUCGGGACAUCAUACUACAUGGCUCCUGAGCGUAUUACCGGACAAUCCUACACCAUCACCUCUGACGUGUGGUCCACAGGCGUUACGCUCCUAGAAGUAGCACAGCACCGCUUCCCCUUCCCAGCCGACGGAACAGAAAUGCAACCCCGAGCCGGUCUAAUAGACCUUUUAACCUACAUCGUCCGACAACCAAUCCCAAAACUGAAAGAUGAGCCAGAAGCAGGUAUUAAGUGGAGCGACAACUUCAAGUACUUUAUCGAGUGCUGUCUCGAAAAAGAGCCUGCCCGCCGCGCCUCCCCCUGGCGCAUGCUCGAACACCCCUGGAUGAUCGAGAUGCGCAGCAAGCGCGUCAACAUGGCGCACUUCCUCUCCACGGUCUGGGCAUGGGAAGGGAAGCCUGCUGUCGCAGCCGCAUAA